GCAGUCAGUCAGUGGAUGUGAGAGGAGCAGAUUAGUUGCGCUUUUAUUGUGGAGCAGCUGCAACGGAAGAAAAUAGGCACCGGAGAGACACCGCUAACUGACCGUUUUCUCUUUCUUACCGGGUGAUGUCAAGAUAAACGGUGGAUGGAAUAUCGAACGUGGAUAGAGGGAGACCACUGAAGAAACUACUGGCUUAUUCUAUAACUUGUUGAUGCACCGUUAUUUACCAGGGCUUUGCAUGGAGGAUUGUCCCUGCUUGUUGGCGUAAAGUGAAGCGCGUGGAACAGAUGUAGUCUAUUUUUUUUACAUUUAUUUUUCUAGGCAAGUCAGUUAAGAACAAAUUCUUAAUUUCAAUGACGGCCUAGGAACUGUGGGUUAACUGCCUGUUCAGGGGCAGAACGAUAAAUUUGUACCUUGUCAGCUCGGGGGUUUGAACUUGCAACCUUCCGGUCCAACGCUCUAACGACUAGGCUACCCUGCCGCUCCUCUUACAGAGACAGCUUGUGUUUGUUUCAAUGAUUUAACUAUGCAUUGUGAAGAACAAGUUAUGAUGUCCAUUCACCUAUCCAUGUCCAAGCCAUAGCACUGUGAUUGCCGAAGCAGCAGGUUCGUUCAAAACACACCGGCUCGUUCCAACCGGUCAGCAUGGCUGCAGGAGUGGCGGCAUGGCUCCCCUUCGCCCGAGCGGCGGCUAUAGGAUGGAUGCCGGUUGCUACCGGUCCUAUGCCCAUCCCUCCCCGGGAAAAUAAGAAAUCCCAAGACCAGGGACUUAUCAACCUCAACGUCAGCGGUCAGAAGUUCCAGACGUGGAGUAACACUUUGGAACGCUAUCCGGACACUUUACUGGGGAGCACCGAGAAGGAUUUCUUUUUCCACGAGGAAACAAAAGAGUACUUUUUUGACCGUGACCCUGAUAUUUUUAGACACAUUCUGAAUUUCUAUCGCACAGGAAAACUGCAUUACCCACGCCAAGAGUGUAUUGCAGCUUACGAUGAAGAGUUGUCGUUUUUUGGGAUCAUACCUGAGAUUAUUGGCGACUGCUGCUACGAGGAGUACAAGGACCGGCGGCGCGAGAACCAGGAGAGGCAGCAAGAUGACGAGGACGAUGAGAAAGAAGAUAUAGCUCCCCUAAACAUGACCUUCCGGGAGUACAUGUGGCGGGCUUUUGAGAACCCCCACACGAGCACCACGGCCCUGGUCCUCUACUAUGUCACCGGGUUUUUCAUAGCCAUCUCAGUCAUGGCCAACGUGGUGGAGACGGUGCCGUGUGGAACCCUCCCCAACCGCGCCAAGGAGAUCUCAUGCGGGGACCGUUACGCAGUGGCCUUCUUCUGCCUGGACACGGCCUGCGUCAUGAUCUUUACCAUCGAGUACCUCUUACGUUUAAUCGCAGCCCCCAGCCGGUACAACUUUAUGAAGAGUGUGAUGAGCAUCAUCGACGUGGUUGCCAUCAUGCCGUAUUACAUCGGCUUGGUCAUGACGGACAAUGACCAAGUGAGCGGGGCUUUCGUCACCCUCAGGGUCUUCCGGGUUUUCAGGAUUUUCAAAUUCUCCCGCCACUCUGCGGGGCUGCGUAUCCUGGGCUACACACUGAAGAGCUGCGCCUCGGAGCUGGGCUUCCUCCUCUUCUCCCUCACCAUGGCCAUCAUUAUCUUCGCCACUGUGAUGUUCUACGCAGAGAAGGGCUCCGCUUCCACCAAGUUCACCAGCAUUCCCGCUGCUUUCUGGUACACCAUUGUCACCAUGACAACGCUGGGAUACGGUGACAUGGUGCCCAAGACCAUCGUGGGGAAGGUGUUUGGUUCCAUCUGUUCUCUGAGCGGGGUGCUGGUCAUCGCCCUGCCUGUUCCCGUCAUCGUGUCCAACUUCAGCCGCAUUUACCACCAGAGCCAGCGGGCAGAAAAACGAAGAGCUCAAAAGGCGUCCAAGGAAGCAGGACAGCUCCUCGUGGGAAAACCCAACAUUCCCUUUGAGAGCCAUCAUCACCACCUUCUGCACUGCCUGGAGAAGACCACAAAUCAUGAGUUUAUUGACGAGCAGACUUUCGAGACCAACUGUAUGGAGGUAACCAUGGUGAACAAAUCCGGAUCUCGAACCUCGUCCCUGUCGUCGUCUCCCUCCGGCCUGUCGUCCUGCUGCUCCAGACGACACAGGAAGAAGAGCUCCAGUCUGCCCAACUGCAACAACCAGGAGCUUUCCACCAUCCAGAUCAGAGAGAGGCCUGUGGUCAACAGUCGCUCCAGCCUGAACGCCAAACUAGACUCUGAGACGGUGCCGUUGAAGAGCGAGCCCUACAUCACCACCUCCGUGGUCAACCUGCGUCCCGCCCCUCUCCCAUUGGUGACAUCAUCAGACGGUGACGGAUCCACCAGCUCCACCGUCAAUUAUUCUCAGAGCAACAUUGUCAGAGUGUCGGCCUUGUAGACGUCCACUGUCAGUCAAGGUCUGUUUGGCUGACUGUUUGGCUGGCUGUUUGGCUGACUUCAUGGAAAACUGUUUGGCUAACUGGUCUCAAGGAGAAACAGCAGCAGGAGAGAGAGAGAGAGAGAGAGAGAGAGAGAGAGAGAGAGAGAGAGAGAGAGAGAGAGAGAGAGAGAGAGAGAGAGAGAGAAAGAGAUCACUAAUUAAUUGGACUGAUUGGCAAGCGGUCAUCCUGCCAGAAUCCCGCAUAAUUUCCUGCAAUUCUACACAUUUUGCAAUGUCAAUAAUAUCUAAGUGAGUAACUAACAAAAUCAAUUGUGGCCCACCUGGAGGUCAGGGCCCCUGGACAUGUGUUGUUGAAUUCCAGCAUUCACAUCCAUCAUUUUAAUCAACUUCUUUAUUUCCUGCUCUAACUGUGUUAUAAUUUACACACUUUUGUAUUUCAAAAUAUAUAUAAUUUUUUUUUACUUUUCCUCGAUAGGAUAAUUUUUCUCCUCUUUGACUGUGCGUUUUCAGUAGUUCUUACUUUCGCCACUAGAUCAAACGAUUUCUAGGGGUCGUGGUUGACUGUUAUUAUACUUGCCAGUAAGGUAGCAGUCCUCCGCUGUUAUCAGCCAAUAGCAGUUACUUACUGGUGAUAAAAACGGAUGAUUGACAUCAUUUUUUCGAGUCAUUACUGAAUUAUAUAAUUUAACAAAUCAAACAUUAAACAAUUAAUUUGGAACCAGCAUUUAUUAUAAACAAGUGUUUAUUUGCUGCAAGGUUAGUUCAGUUAGUUGCCCAGCUUUUAAAAGGGACAGGCGGUUAUUUGAAACUCUGCGUUUAUUGAAGUUUUACAGUGGCUGGCUAAAUUAAUUUACUAAUCUAAACAUUGUUAAUUGACAUGACUGUCAGUGACUGACAUAACAAGAGAAACAUUGCUGAUGCACAACCAAAUUUCCAACGUGCACCUUGUGUAUUCUGUUAACCUAACUCAACAGUAAGUUGAGACCCCGACUGAGUUCUUAGCAGCCUGGGGCCCUAAGUGGCCACAUACAGUUGAAGUGGGAAGUUUACAUAAACUUCGGUUGGAGUCAUUAAAACUCAUUUUCCAACCACUCCACAAAUUUCUUGUUAACAAACUAUAGUUUUGGCAAGUCAGACAGGACAUCUACUUUGUGCAUGACACAAGUAAUUUUUCCAACAAUUGUUUACAGACAUAUUAUUUCACUUAAAAUUCACUGUAUCACAAUUUCAGUGGGUCAGAAAGUUGACUGUGCCUUUAGGUUGACUGUGCCUUUAAACAGCUUAGAAAAUCCCAGAAAAUUAUGUCAUGGCUUUAGAAACUUCUGAUAGGCUUAUUGACAUCAUUUGAGUCAAUUGGAGGUGUACCUGUGGAUGUAUUUCAAGGCCUACCUUCAAACUCAGUGCCUCUUUGCUUGACAUCAUGGGAAAAUCAAAAGAAAUCAGCCAAAAAAUUGUAGACCUCCACAAGUCUGGUUCAUCCUUGGGAGCAAUUUCCAAACGCCUGAAGGUACCACAUUCAUCUGUACAAACAAUAGUACGCAAGUAUAAACACCAUGGGACCACGCAGCCGUCAUACUGCUCAGGAAGGAGAUGCGUUCUGUCUCCUAGAGAUGAACAUACUUCAGUGCGAAAAGUGCAAAUCAAGCCCAGAAUAACAGCAAAGGACCUUGUGAAGAUGCUGGAGGAAACAGGUAGAAAAGUAUCGAUAUCCACAAGAAAACGAGUCCUAUAUCGACAUAACCUGAAAGGCCACUCAGCAAGGAAGAAGCCACUGCUCCAAAACAGUCAUAAAACAGCCAGACUGCGGUUUGCAACUGCACAUGGGGACAAAGAUCAUACAUUUUGGAGAAAUGUCCUCUGGUCUGAUGAAACAAUAAUAGAACUGUUUGGCCAUAAUGACCAUCGUUAUGUUUGGAGGAAAAGGGGAGAUGCUUGCAAGCCAAAGAACACCAUCCCAACCAUGAAACACUGGGGUGGCAGCAUCAUGUUGUGGGGGUGCUUUCCUGGAGGAGGGACUGGUGCACGUCACAAAAUAGAUGGCAUCAUGAGGAAGGACAAUUAUGUGGAUAUAUUGAAGCAACAUCUGAAGAUAUCAGUCAGGAAGUUAAAGCUUGGUUGCAAAUGGGUCUUCCAAAUGGACAAUGACCCCAAGCAUAUGGCUUAAGGACAACAAAGUCAAUAUGUUGGAGUGGCCAUCACAAAGCCCUGACCUCUAUUUUCUAUAAAAUUUGUGGGCAGAACUGAAAAAGUGUGUGCGAGCAAGGAGGCCUACAAACAUGUCUCAGUUACACCAGCUCUGUCAGGAGGAAUGGGCCAAAAUUCACCCAAUUUGUUGUGGGAAGCUUGUGGAAGGCUGCCCGAAACAUUUGACCCAAGGUAAACAAUUUAAAGGCAAUGCUAUCAAACACUAAUUGAGUGUAUGUAAACUUCUGACACACUGGGAAUGUGAUGAAAGAAAUAAAAGCUGAAAUAAAUCCUUCUCUCUACUAUUAUUCUGAAAUUUCACAUUCCUAAAAUAAAGUGGUGAUCCUAACUGACCUAAAACAGGAAAUAUUUACUGAGAUGAAAUGUCAGGAAUUGUGACAAACUGAGUUUAAAUGUAUUUGGCUAAGGUGUAUGUAAACUUCCGACUUCACCUGUAUGUCUCUUGUGCCUGGUGCCAGCCUUGGUCAGAGGUCAUGGUUUGAAUAGCUCUCUGUCCUGGUAUGGACUACCACUGGACUCUGCAUGGGAAUAAACUGCUGUGAUUGGCUGGCUGCCUUGGAGCUAAGGAACUUGAUCUAGCUAAAAGCCUUUUGCUCUUUGGGGACCAAUGAAACAUCAUCCAUCUAUGGAGCAAAGAAGGUGCCCUGAAGUACAUCUCCUUCCUUUAAGCACACGAGGCUCAAGCAACGAACGAUUGAAUCGCUGGAUCGUUGAUGCCUGAAAAGAAACACUGAGAUACAUUUUUGGAGGUCUAUUAAUAAAUAAUGUUACUGAAGUGGACUAAAUCAGGGUCACAUAUUGUUUCUUGGUAGUGUUAAACAAAUCUACUUUGAAACAAAAGUGAACAUCUCACACACAUGGUUAUGGGUCUUAAAGAAAGACGACACUUGUACCAUGUCGGGUAUAGAUUUCAAAUGUAUUACAUUUUGAGUUUGCAUCACAGAAGACUGAAAUAUAACAAAACAAUGUUUGACACAGAAACACCAGAUUUUCUGCUGUUUUUUUUGUUUUUUUUAAGAAUGUUUUUUUUUGUUAUUAUGAAAUUGUAAAAAAAAAAAUAUGUUAAUGAUAUUCCACCCAUGAGGCCACUAGAGGGCGCUUUGGUCAUUUGACUGCAGGAAAGGUUCAAAAUGUCGUCUCUUGUGACUCAAGGUGGAAAAAGAGAGGAGAACUGUGUUGUUUGCAGUUGAAAGUCAAAUUCCUGUUUCUUGAUGAAGUGGAGAGACUCAAGACAAAGCACACAUGCAUUCAAGUACUCAUAUGAAGGUCAAUCCUCAGAUCUAUUUAUCUAUCUAUUAUUAUUAUGGGACAUCUCUCCGCUCAAACUGCCGGACCUGGGAGCCCUUUAUUAAACCAAGGGACAUUUUCCUCCUUGAUUGAACCGAUCUUCCCCUUUACUCCUGUAAAUUAAUUCAGCCGAUAUGUAACUUACACGUGUGUUAUUUGGAAUGAAGUGCCACUUAGUCACUGUGAAUAUUCAUUUCCUAUUGGAGAUUAAUGUCUUUACUCUAUGAGUAUAGACCUUUCCCUAUCCUGAAAUGGUAAGUAAGAGUCCUAAUUCAGGGCCCUCUGGGAUGCGUUAUAUGAAUACAGGGCCCCUGGCAUUCGCAAUCUGUUUUUUUAUCUUAGGCUUUAUGCCUGACUUACUGAUAGGAAAAUGACGGAACAUACAUUUCUCCGAAUUACAUUUGACCUCAAACUGAAAUUGAAGUUGAAUUGAAAUUAGAAAAAUAGAUGUUAGCUAUUACCAGGUAGAAAUAAAGUUGUAUAAUAUAAGGAAGUUAUCACAACUAGUAAAGCACUGCCACCUCUAGAAGCCAUGUAGAUCUGUCAAUCUAAGCCCGGAGAGACACUACUGUUAUCUUAACCUAAGCCUUUGUCUGAAGCUCCAGACAUCCGUAUUAAAGUUGCUUGUGUCAAUACCUUCGACAUUAGGUAUAUGGGUAAACAAAAAGCCAUAUCCCUCUUUUGUUCCAUUUAUCAAAGACAAGCAAGACCUUGGUACUAAAGUCACUGUGUUAAAAUAAUAAAUUAUGCUGUACAUUGUUAGUAAAUGUUGUAAAUAUUUCUCUGUUUUGUCUUCACAAAACACCGUUAUAGCAUAAUUCCUCUGAUUUCUAGGUUUAGAUAGCAGUUGUGACACAUAGGUAACACUUCACCUUAAUUAAUAAGUGACCAUCAUUUAUGUAACUACAAUGCUGUUUACUGCAGUUACAUAUGUCCACUGAGUGUACAAAACAUUAGGAACAUCUUCCGAAUUGAGUUGUGCCUCCUUUUGGCAAUUCAUCGGGGCUUGGAGUCUACAAGCUGUCGAAAGCGUUCCAUGAGGAUGUUGGCUCAUGUUGACUCUAAUGCUUCCCACGGUUGUGUCAGGUUGGCUGGAUGUCCUUUGGGUGGUGGACCGUUCUGUAACCUGUCUCCUCCCCUUCAUUUACACGGAUUGAAGUGGAUUUAAAUGGUGACAUCAAAGAGGGAUCAUAGCUUUCACUUGGAUUGACCUGGUCAGUCUAUGUCAUGGAGAGAGCAGGUGUUCCUAAUGUUUUGUCCGUUCAGUGUAUUAAGGCCAACUUAAAGUGAAGCGUUAACAGCUCAUAAUAUUUCUAUCUGUUGAUAAAUGGACUUUGCAUGCGGUCAUUGCAUAAUUCAGUUGUAUUCAAUUAGGAUGUAUCCAAGGUUUGUGAAUGACAACAUGAGUGAGUGUCCCGGGGAAGAUAUUGAAAAAAUGGUACAUGAUAAGAAUAAUGAUUUUAAUGAAUUAUAGAGAGAUUCUGUUAUGGACAAAAUAUACAGAUUAUAAGGGGAAGAAGCUACAACAGCAAAAAAUCCCAAAUGGUGAAUUUUGGUGCAGUGGAUGGAAUACAUCAAUACUGUAAAUACAUAGCUGUUCUACUAAUAAAACACUUGA